AUGAAAGAUUUUAAAUAUGAUACAGUUGAAUUUUUGAAAAUGAUAAAGAAAAUUCAUUGUUUUGAUGACUAUGACUUUAUUGCUAAAAAUUAUGGAAUUUCAAAAAAUCCAACUACACAAAACUACAUUUUUGUCACGGAAUCAUUUGAUGAUGACUUACAUAAUUUUUUAGCGAAAACUUUUUGGGAUUUAGGGUGGGAAGAGAAAAUAAACAUAUUAUUUUCAAUAGCAUCGGGUCUUGAAAUGUUACAUACAGAAAGUGUAAUUCAUUGUAACCUUCAUAGUGGAAAUAUUUUAAAUCUUACGAAACAUGGUUUUGCUUCAUGUAUAGAUUUAGAUCUAUUUAAAUUAGAAAGUGAAUUAAUUUUGAAUUCUAAUAACAAAAAUAGAAAAAUUUAUGGAUCAAUUCCAUAUCUUCCACCUGAGUUGAUGUAUCGAUGUUGGAGUGAUGAUCCUUCUGAACGUCCAUCUUCUACUGAAUUAAGUGAUCUAUUUUGUGAAAUAUUUGAAAAAUUUGAUGAUAAUAUAGUUGAUAAUGAUGUCAUGCGACAACAUAAAAUUGCUGAUGAAAAUCAAAAAAAUACAUCAAAAUCUCAAAAGCAAGAAUUAUUUGAAUUAUUUUCACAUUCAAGUAAGUUGCAUCCUCAAACAUGUUAUAUUAGCCGAUAUAUUCAUACUCUUCAUGGAUUGCAUUAUUUAUUGGAGGAUCUCAAAUCUGGAAAAUCAGCAGAUCCUAAUUUAUUAUUAAAGUCCAAUGAACCAACUGCUUCUGAUGUUAAUACUACUUAUAAUAUAAAUUAUUAA